UGUUGUGUAGUUUUAUAUAAAUCUUACCCCUUUACGAGAAAAAAAAUGUUUCUUUACUUUGAAGGGGGCAUAUAGAAACGGGUGACCUCAGGCUCAAGCACUACUGAACGGGGCUGGAUACGUAUUUGCCUACGUGACUAUUUUCUACCUGUGAUAACCUGCAAAUGUGCAUUCUUUAUUUUAAAUAUUACAGUAUUCGUUUAUGCCAGUAGGGUAGAAUUUUCUGCUUCUGAGGAGGCAGACAGAAUUAGCAGCCUUUCAGAGGCUAACGUUCACCCAGUUGAUUAGGAAAGUUUCUUAGGAACGGAUCCAGGAUAUGGGUCUGUAUCAAUCUUCAAAAAGUUACUGUGUUCUAAGAGUGAAAAUAAAGCAACAUGUUUGAUCAGCUUAAGGAUUUAAUGAAUGGUAUAUCACUACUUUUUUAGUCAUGUUUGUUUUAAUCUCCAUAUUUUUGGGGGGGUUACUCAUAAAUAAUCACCAUUUCUCUAUUUUUCUUUCUGUUGGUGCCAGUUGUUUUGUAUUUCACUAUUAAAAAAAAAAGCCCUCCCAUUAUUUCCAAUAAAUGUGGCCAUGCUGGUUCUAUAAAGCUGGAAAAAGUUGAUCUACAUAUCUAAUGCAAUAUUUUAUUUAUUUUCCACCUUUAUUAUUUUUAAAAUCAUUCAGGGCAGCGAACAUACCUAAUGCUACUACUUCCUAUUUUCUGGAAAGCCAACUUUCAUGCCUAAAAUGUGACUAGGACACAUGUUUUCCAGAGAAAAGGCUUCAGCCAAGCAAAAUGGACUGUAAAAGACAUUUGUGAUGCAAGCAUGACCUCAGAUGGGAAGCCUUAAGAACCUGUAGCCUAGAGGCUGACAGAGCAGCUGCUGAUAUACCAGCUGGGCCCCAGCACCAUGCUGACAGUCCUGCAGAAUGUCAUCUCAGACUGCUGCCACCUGCUGCUGUUUCUGCUAGUCGCCAUUUUAUUUGUGCCUGCUACUAUCUGGGCCUUCAAAAAGGUGAAAAAAAUACAGGCUGAUGCCCGCAACAAAAAGCAGAGCAAGUACAGAGUACCAUGGAUAGCAUCUUUGGAAAGACUAAGUGUCACAAGCACAGAUCCAGAGAGGAAAAAGGGUAUAAGCUCAGCCACAGAACAGAAGUCCUGCAACAAUUUGAGCCUCUAUCGUACUCUGUGCGUUUUGGAUAAGAAAAUUGAGUACCUCACCUGGCAAAUGCAACGUAUCAGUAAACCAAUCUCACGUUCUGCAUCCAACACCACUUUGGAUUCCAUCACCUCUCUGUACAGCUGGGCCCAUUCAUCAACCAGAGAUGUCUGCUAUAGCCGGUCUAGAACACCUCCCUCCCCCCCAGUCCCCAUUGCUUCACAAGAAAUUCCAGAGUGGCAGGGGCACGUCACCAGUCCCUACAAGACUGGUUUCCAGAAGUCACGCCAAAGAUCUUCUUCUUAUCCUCCAAUGAACUUCCAACUGCACCAGAAGUCAAAGCAACGGAGAAGAAGUACUCCAACAUCUGAAUCUCUGACCAAACUGACACCAAGGGUUCCUUCAAGAGUCAGAAGCAGCCCUAUCCAUAUUCAGAGAUUUGGAGGCAGGAUUUAUUUUCUGGACUACAAAGAGCAGGAGCUGCUUGACUGGCACAUCCACAAGAAACAUUGGCAGAAGGAAGCACCACCAUUACCUUGGCAGAAGGAAACACCACAAUCACAUUGGGAGAAAGAAGCACCACCAUUAUAUUGGGAGAAAGACGCACCACCAUUACAUUGGCAGAAGGAAGAUCCACCAUUACCCUGGCAGAAGGAAGCACCACCAUUAUAUUGGCAGAAGGAAACUCCACCAUUACCCUGGCAGAAAGAAGCCCCACCAUUACAUUGGCAGAAGGAAGCCCCACCAUUAUAUUGGCAGAAUGAAGCCCCACCAUUACAUUGGCAGAAGGAAGCACCACCAUUACAUUGGCAAUAUUGGCAGAAGGAAGCACCACCAUUAUAUUGGCAGAGGGAAGCACCGCCAUUACAGUGGCAGAAAGAAGCAUCACCAUUCUCUCAGAUGCCCAGCAGAGACACCAAUGUGCAGGUUGGCAUCACCCCACAAAAUGAGGUGGUACAAUGGGUAAGUCAGCAGGUCUCCAUUGGUCAAAGGUCACGUGGCCACACACCUCCUUCAACUAGUCCCAAAGCUCAUCACACUCCACACAAGCCUCCACCUGUCAGAGUAAAAAGCCCCAAGCCCCACAUCCAGACUCCUGCAUCUUCUCCAAAAGAUUUGCUGCCUCCCCCAUUCAUUAUCUGUCAAACUACUAGCCACAGCAAUCUCAAGGCACCAGACAAUGUGCAGAUUGGCAUCACCCCACAAAAUGAGGUGGUGCAUUGGGUAAGCCAGCAGCGCUCCAUUGGUCAAAGGUCACAUAGCCGCACACCUCCUUCAACUAGCCCCAAAGGUCGUCAAACUUCACCCAAACCUCCACCUGUCAGGGUAAGAAGCCCCGGACCCCACACCCAGACUCCUGAACCUUCUCCCAAAGAUUUGCUGCCUCCCCCAUUCAUCAUCUGUCAUACUACUAGCCACAGCAGUCUCAAGGCACCAAGAGAUGUAAAUCUGAGUAGUAUGACCCCUAAGGAGGAGUUAAAAGAGGUACUUAACCUGCUAGCACAAAACCAGAGCCUGUUGACAAAGCAGCCUGGAAGACCCAGGACUCCCAAGAAAAAGGAGAAAGAAGUUCGUGGCAAAAGACCAAGUACCUCUAAGGAAAGUGCAGGAAGGUCAGGCAGUCCCAAGGACAAGCCAGCAGAGACUCAGAUCAGCCUGAUGCUUGACCAAAAGAUACACCGAUUGAGCUGGGCUAAGGACAUGACAGAAGUCCCGAAAGAAAGUGGAGACCUCCGUAGCCCUAUUCGGACAUCAUUCUUAGACCCUACUUUCAUGUGCCAGAACCAACUGGAAUUGCCUUGUGUUCACAAAACACAAGUAGAACUGCAUCAGGAAAGUCUCAAACUUCCAAAGAGCCCCCCCAAGUCUCAGUGUCUGGCCCAUGCCAUUGUGGAAUCAUUGGAUACAGAGCAAGCUACACGGGAUCUACAUAUGUGCUUGGCUAAAGGUCUGGAGAAUGGACGUAGCCGGCCAAGUGUAGAAUAUCCUGUUUGCUUGUUAUGUGGCCGCUGCGCUCCUUAUUGUCCGCAUCCCCAUCCACAGCACGGCCCUUGCCUCCUUGUCUAUCCACGGCUAAGUGUACAGGAUGGGGAGGUUUACAUGAAUUUGGGCUUCCUCCUUAAGAUCAAGAGGCAUGAGGCCAGCAAAUGGGGUCUGGUGCAAGGAAAGGAUGCAUCAAAGUUGCAACACAGCAAAGAGCAUCCCUCCAAGCGAGAGAGGAGUCCGAGCAGAAGCAGGAGCAGGAGCAGAAGCAGGAAUGCCCAUGAAGCAGCACCUCCAUCAUGGGCCCCAGAGAGGCCAUCUCACCAAGCCAGGCAGCGAUCUACAGAGGCAAUUGACCUGAGAGUCAGACGGCACAGGGCUGGUUCCAGGCCAUCCAGAGCAACACCACCUAGAUCCUCUCCACGUUCACCUAAAAUGGAGCCCCAGUCACGAAUUCGAAAGCCAGCCCCAGAGGCAAUCCAAUCCAAAUUCCCACAGAAGCCUCCCAGCAUUCUGAAAAAGCUCUUGUUAUGCAUCAGGAAAGUUUGGGCAAAGGUACGGAGGAAAAAAGAACUCCCCUCCACAAAGCAAAGCUCUAGGGCAUCCCUCCAGAAAGCAGCUUCUUCUCAAAAUCUGGUGGUUCCUUCAGCUACUUCUGGUUUUCAAGCCAAAGGCAUUUUGCACCAUAAGCAAAACUCUCUUCCUAAAGAUGCAAUGACUCCUACUCACUUGAAACAAGGACACUCUCAUGGUCGUAGAAAAGUAUCAAUGAAAGUCUCAGAACCUGAAACUUUUCAUUCCCACAAGAAGGUUGAUAGCUACCGUGCAAAAUCAGCUUCUUCUGGAGCACCAAAAAAACAUUCCAGACAUUCUCCCGCAAUGCAAUUACAAAGAAGCCCUUCCAAACACCCCAGAGAUCAAAUGUAUUGAGGUCUCAAUAAAGAUGUGGCUUGCUGCCAGUCUCUGCGGUCCCUCUCCAACAAGGAUCUUCUUGUCACUCAUCUCCACAGAUAGAACACAGCAGGUCUGUGUUGUUUUUUUUCCAGGCUGCAAAUAAACUGGCUGAGCUAUUACAUAUUUCUGUAUUUUGAAAUACCACCUUUGCUCAAUUCACAUGGGUUUCCCUGAGAAAUUGCAGGGAAAUGUAAAAAUACAUCUAGCUAAUUGUCCAUCAUCGAUAGCACUAUUCCAGAAAAAACAUCUGCUAGAUAUAUGGAUUAUAAUUGUUGGUUUGGGGAUCAUGAGCUUACCACACAGCCAGGCAGAGAGGAAAUUGGGCUCUAGGGAGCACUGAAUGGAAGCAUGUGGGAAGAAAACAUUGGUGAGGCAGAUGGCAAUAUGAUCAAUGUUGCAGCUUUGGAUCAAAUUGAAAACUGGAUGGACCGGUAAACCACAUUAUUGGAGGAAAUUACUCUGGCUAAUUACUCAUGCUUAGUUUUCCUAGUAUACCAUAUAUGCAGAAAAAUUAAGGGAGAUAAAUAAUAGAUCCACAAAAAGACAAAAGAGUACAGCUCAGUUCUGAGUGCAUUUUAUAUUGGAAUCAGAAAAAAAAUGGCAGCUGGCUGUAAGCAUUCUUAGAAGUAAUUGUAUCCCACUAUUUCUCUCUCUAUGGCAUCACCUUUCUCUUAUGUCCUCUACUAGCAUUAAACUCUAUGA